AUGAGUGUUUCAUAUGAAGAGAUUUUCAAACAAAUUGAAGAAGUAGAAACUGAUAUAGAUCGAAUUGAGUUUAGAAUAACAGAAUUAACAGAAGAAUUAACAAAAUUACAAGGAACAACACAAGACAAAAGACUUAGUUCAUCAAUUCAAAAUGAAAUUAUUACAACUGAAAGAAACAAUUUUGAAAUUCUUUGUAAAACUGUAGAACAAGUUAAACAAUUAGAAUCAGUGACUCAAACAACAUUUAAAUCUGCAACAGAAAACAUUGAAUUAUCUCUUGAAAAAAAUCAUCAACAAACAACAGGAGAAAUUAAUACUAUAAGAGAUGACAUUUCAUUAACAGCAAGAGUUGUAGAUUCAUUAGUAGAACUACAUGAUGAAAUCGAAUCGAAUCUCUCAUUAAGUCAAAUUAGACAAUUUUCAAUGAAAAAUUAUUUACCUAAAAUCUCUCAAAUUGCUGAAAUUAUGCAACAUCAUACUAUUUAUAUUUUAUCAGAACUGUGGAUGUGUGGAUUAAUUCAAUAUGAAACUCCAAUUCUUUGUUUCUGGAAUAAUGAUAAAACAUUAGCAAUUCAUUUGUUUUCAUCAUAUUGUCUUGUAUAUCAAAAUAAUCAAGAAUUUAAAUUUGAUAUUUCAAAAGGAAUUCUCUCUCGUGUUGAAAGGAAUCCUCAUUUAAAAUGGAAAGAUAUUGAUAAUUAUGUUUAUAAAGAAACACAUAACAAAGAAAUAUACACUCCAAUGGGUAAAUCUAAAUUAUCAUUUAUUGUAAGUGAGGAUAAUAUUUUAAUUAGAUAUGAUAGUGGAGAUAUGAUAGCAAUUGACAGUCUUGGAGAAUGUAUUUUUAUUGAUGGUAAAUUAAUAACAAUCUAA